AUCUUGAAUUCCGCUCACUCAGACCCGCGCCUGUCUCGCGGCCAACGCACGUAGGUACUCCGUUCUCGAUCCGAGUGGCCGAACAAUAACUUAUCAAUUGCAGUGUCUUCUAGUGAAUUAGUGUCAUGUGAUAGUGAAGUGCAAAAAUGGAAUCGACGCCGAUCUGUCGGUGCCGCGUGUUGUACCUCGGCUCGGCGGUGCCACAGCAGAGCAAGGACGGAUUACAAGGCAUCCAGGAGCCUUUGCGCGAGUUGUAUCCGGAAAAGGGGGCGACUACCGGCGGUAUAGAUUCGUGGCUCUCGGUUUGGUCGAAUGGAAUCUUGCUGGAGAAUGUCGACGAGAGCGGGUCUAGGGUGUCAAGGUUUUUCCCAAUUUCGAGUUUGCAUUAUUGCGCAGCUGUAAGGCGUGUGAGUGUGGAAGGUGCGCCUAGGUUUCUACCCUUGGAUUCUCCGUUCGCCAGGGCACCAGCGCCAAGGCGUCCACCUCUAUUUGCGGCGGUUUUACGUCGCACUCAAGGUAUAAAAGUGCUGGAAUGUCACGCGUUCAUCUGUCGUCGUGAAGCCGCCGCGAAUGCUCUCGUCCGUUGUUGUUUUCACGCGUACGCUGACAGCUCUUAUGCAAAACGGUUAGAGGCAGAACGGUCGCCAUCACAGUUACCACCCGACGGCGAUGAGGAACUAGAAGUAUUCGACGGUGAUGAGAAUCACAAGGUAUGGGUGGGAGAAGUAGAUCGCGAUGAUGCGAGUGACGAUAUCCCUCACCCUGCACGCGCACCUCGUCCCCGACAAAUCACUCGACCUGCAUCCGUACCUCCGCCGCCUCCACCGCCCGAGGAGCCCAAAAAGAAGACAACUUCUAAGAAGUCCAAGAAGAAAUCAUCGGCGUCAGCAGACGAGCUUUACGCCACGAUGCCUGGCCCCGUUCCUGUUAUGAACGGUCGGUCUUUGGGACGUGCCCCACCAGCCUGGGCGGCGGCGGGUCAUCCGAUGGUGUUGGUGGCACAUCCAGCCGCAACACUACCUCACGCUCGACCGGCAACUAUGGGCCACCGAGGCAGAGUUCCGGCUGCAUUAGCUCCUGGACCUUUCCCACCUGUUCCUCCAUUAGGGAGAGGUCGCAUACAGUACGCAACAGUCGAUCCUAGACGCUCGAAACCUCCACCGCCAGCUAUGAAAGCCGCUCAAAGCAUGACAGGCUUGGAAGCAGUCGAGGAUGCUGGUGGUAUCUAUAGGAAGAAAGGACAUUUGAAUGAACGUGCUUUUUCUUAUAGCAUAAGACAAGAACACAGAAGUCGAUCGCACGGGUCUCUGGCUAAUCUAAAAUUCGCUGCUCCACCGGAGGUGGAGACAGGUCGAGAAGAAUUAAAGAAGGAGCGAGAGAUCAUGCAGCUGGUGGCUGGACUGCAGCUCAACUCCGACGAGGUUGAGCGUCGCGAAGUGCCGCCGCAUAUGAUUCGAGCCAGACAUGGGCCAAGAUAACAUUAGGCCACAGGCAGUGCCAUACAACGAUAAUAUUCGACGAACGAGCGCUGCUCAAAAAGGAUUAUUCAAAUAUCAAACAUGGAUUAUAUCAAGAAAGCGCUUUAAAAUAACGAUACGACAUGGAUACGAUUUGCCGAGGAGCACAUCGUUACACAGUAUUUAUGGUCGAAUCGUUAUCGAGUUAAUCGUAAUCGUUAUAUAGAAAGCGCUCUACAUUGCUAGUUGCAAGCUAUCGCACGGUUGCAGAAUACCGAUUGUUAAAUUGAAUCGACGUGAAUAUGUAUAGGUAACGAUUUAUACUCAUUUGCAUCGAUUUGUCACGAGCGUACUUUUCGGAUCAGAAUAGAAUACCAUCGAAAGUUAUCGACCAUUUCUGAACUCGUAUUUGUUAGCGAUGCCCUCAGUUUGUGGCUUCAAUGAAGACACCAAUAUCUACGAAAUUAACAUUUUUUUAUACAUGUACGCACUUGAAAAAAUGGAACGAAUUGUAUUUAAAAGUGUAUUUUCGUGUCCUUACGAUCUUUAUGUUAAACAUUCAGCUCUAGUUUUAUAUCUAAAUAUUAAUAUUUAUAUGAUAAUCAUAUUUUGAAAUAAAACUAAAAAUGGAACGAAUCGUAUUUAAAACAGUGUGGUUUCGUGUGCUCACGACCUUUACGUAAUACAUUUAAGCUGUACUUUUAUAUCACAAUACCUAGCUGUCACGAUGUAAAAUAACAACCAAGUUUUUUUUUAUAUUUUAAUGUUUGCAGGUCUCUUUAUUAUAUUACUUCUUAAUAUUUCAUUCACCUCUAUCUUUAUUAAAAUAAGUGAUAUUUAUCUUUAAGUGAAAUAUUAAUAUACUUAAGGUAUCCAAUUUCUCGUACCUUCCAUUAUUAAUGACUGUAUACCUAACAACCAACACAAUCAAUUACUUACAUCAUCAUUGCAAUGUGAAACGAUAAAAUCGUGAGUAGUUUGUUUCCGUAUAACUUAAACUAAAGGUUCAGUUUUGAGGUAUUAGUUAUUAUGGCGCUAUUUAAAAGUUCGUUUUUUUUGCAAUGAGCAAUAUAAUGUAUUUUUUUCCGUCCAUACUAUUAAUAUUUAAUAUUCAUGUAUACUAGAUUAUGCUAACAGUAAUAUUCCUGACACGUAUAACUUGAUUACCUCUAGGCAAGAGUGAAUAAGCUUUUACGAAUUUAUGGAAAUACGUAAGCCUGUCUGUUUCUUUGUUGUGUGCCGAAUUAACUUAUCUAAUAAAGAAAACAAACAAAUAAUUUAUACCUUUUUCUCAUGUUGGUAAAAAAUGGUGGAGUUAAAGAGUAGCGCCUAAGAACGACAGAGGAAAUGCAACGGUGUUUUACUAUUUUGUAUUAUUACUAUUUGAAAUUUAUAUGGUUUAACGUUGUUUGUUAGCAAUUAGUGAUGAAAGAAAUAAUUAGUGUUACGGACUUCCAACUAUUUGUUUUUAAUGGUCAGAUUGAAAUUGGUUAAAUGCCUCUAAUAGCGGAAAACGUAAUAAAAUAAUCGACGAUUUGAUAAUAUUUAAUUGCCUAAUGGAUGAAAUAACGCGUAUACUCGUCGCUGAGUUAAAUUAAUCAGUUACUGAUAUAAUAUGGUAAAUUAUAUAUUAUUGUAAGUAAUAAUUUCAAAACAUAGUAAGUUAUGAUCAAGGAUUUUUCUACUUAACAAGACAUCGACUGGAUUGACAGAAUCAAAUCACUAUAAUUAUAUAAAUAUUUCAAUGAUAAAUAAUACUUCAAUGCUAAAACUUAUAACUUAUAUAUUUUACAUUUUAUUAUAGGUACCAGUAUACAUAGUAAAUUCAUUUACAAAAUUAUGUUAUUAUUGCAAGGAAAACACCAUCGUGUAAGAUUUUAUUAAUUGUUUUCUUCAAAUCCUCUAUUAUUUCUGAAUUAUUAUUUAAACAAUUUAUAUUUUAAAGACAAACUAUGUAUAUGAGCGUUUGUAGUCUUUAAUUUAAAGUGAUUCUUUGACUCAAUCGUGAUAGUUAGAUAGAUUGUAUAGGAGAUGGAUACUAGAAGUAAAUUCUCUUGAUAUAAAAUCUUAAAGGCAAGGCCAAACCAACGAAUCUAGACCGCGUUCUCGAUGGCGUGUAAAAUAACGACCGGCUGACAGACGCUCCAGUUUGAGAAAGUUUUUUUUUUAAACUUAAACGAAAUUUCUAUUUAUUGCUCAACUCACCGAAUUAAGAACAUAUGGAAACCAUGUACACGACUAAUAUUAGAGCAUCAAAAAACGACUUGAGUAGUGUUUACUACUAAAGUGAAGUGGUUAGUUCUAAAAGUUGUGCAUAAAUAAUUGCAUGCAAUAAUGGCUGAAUAAGGGUUUUUAAUUCUGUGGCUCAAAUUGUGUUAUAUCUCGCUGACCAUCUGUUACUGUCAGCCAUCCUCUAAGAAACUUUACGUUAAUUGUGAGCGUUCAAGGUUGCUUGACAAUAGCUAUACUUGAUGAAGAACAUUUAUGAGGUCUGGGUUAGAGUGCGCUAUCCUGGAAAUUAUUAAUUUGCUUUUGCCUUGAAGGUAAGUACUCAAGUGAUAUAUGGCAGAAAAAACAGAUAAUGGUAGGGCGUUCUACAUCAUAGCGGUAUGCAUCAGAAACGUGUAUAAAAAUGCUUCGUGCGUGUUGUUUAAAUACCAAACACAUAAGAAUGCCAUUGCUUACUUUUCGCUGAUCCGUCGUAGAAUGGCGGUAGAAGACACUAGUAACUUGAGACGUUAUCAGUUUAUGUUUGAAUAGGUGACCAAUUACUCGCCAAAAAAUGAAUAUGGCACGUAUGUACGAAAUAUGCAAACCCCUUAAAAUUUCUUAUACGUCCUUCAAAGAAAUUUUAAGGGGUUUGCAUAUUUCGUAUGUAUAUAUGUAGUAGUUUUUAUUUACAUAGGCCAAAGAUGACUCUACACUGUAUUUGGAAUUUGCUAAUAGAGUUAUGAUUUGUGCUUAUUUUAUUCUUGCACACGUAUUCAAUUACAUUAUUAUGAAGUUUCAAACAGUGCAUCCUAAAUCUGCAUCCGCUUAUCAAAUUAUUAAACGAAUCCUUUUUCAAUAAUUAAUUUUUCAUUAUAUUAUUACCUGUAAUCCGAUCUUUACAAUAAUGAAUUGCUGAUGUCCUUUAAAUGAUUAAACGUAACAAUAAUGAACAGUUGAGAUAACUUUGUAACAUUGCAGUAUGAAUAUUAAAUAUUAUUGUUUCCUAGAAUUUUAAAUAGAUUUAUUGAGAUACUUUUAAAAUUAACGACAAUAAUAUAAAGAGCACCUCAACUUUAAAGCUGCAUGGAACAUUCAAUGAAGACAUGUCAGAAACGCUUUCCUUAAAAGCACGAACUAUUCUGAGGUCCUACGCUAAAUGCUAAUAUGGCAUUAACUUUAUUCAGUUCGAAAAUUUUGGUAAAUUUACUUUAACUGGUGGGUCUUCAAGUCCAUGAUUUACAAGCAUAACUUGCUAUAAUCUGCGACAUUUUAACCAAAAAAAUCCUUGGGGUGUAAUUUAUAAUUCCUUCAAUCUCUUAAAUUUAAUCAGAUUGCAAGAAUUUCAAAAUGCUUUUUGCUAAUAACAAUUGCUAAGUCCAAUUAAAAUUUUAGCAUUGUGUAGGCACUAGGCGUCCACCACUGAAAGGUGAAAUGUGCGAGGUUUUAAUAAUCUGGGUGGUGGGUCUUACACUAUGCGUUCCAUUGCUCUAUGAAAUUUCAUUGUAAAGUUUAUGAAUACAUACAUGUGUUAGACUUUAGUCACUUUGUAACAGAAAAGAUGUACCUACAUAGAUAUUGAAGUACAGAAUAUAACCUCAAUUUAUAGAGUUUAAGAUGUAUCGCCGUAUUUGUACAUUGCGACAUUGUACAAACAUCGUAGAUUUAAGUUGCAUAAAGUAGAGACAUAUUAGUAAAAAGAUUUACGAGUCUCAAGGCAAGGUGUCAAGCGAUCGACCAAUCACCAGCAAAGCAAGCAUUCGAAGAGUGAUUGUGUUGAUUGGUCACUCGCAGGACGCAAACUCGCAGGAUGGAGGAGGCGGUAUGGCGCUCGCUUUAGAAGAUCUUCUACAAAUAUCGACGUAGUUCGUAAUUACGAACUGUGUUAAUGUGUUAUUGUUCUCAUAUAUUCAUGCCUUAGGCACCUAUAGGAGUUUUACCUUGAUUUGAUGAUUUGUUUUAAUAUGUCUCUAGCUUAACAUAGUUUCUAUUAUUUUUAUGUAAAAUAUGUAUUUAGUAUUUUAACUUGCAUUUGUUAUGUCUAUUGCAAAAUCAUUUAAUUUUAUUAAUCAUAAUAUGUAUUUAAGAUAAACAUAAUAAAAUUUGUAUUUAAACGAAUAUCAUAUAACUAUAUGCAUGUGGCAUGUAAAUACAAUAUGAAAGAUCACAGCUAGGUGUUUGGUAAAUAUUUUAGGCUAUGAGUGCCAUUAAUAUUAUUUUGUUAUACUCUUUAUAAUCAUUGAAUUAAUAAAAAAAUCUAGUACUUAUAAUAAUAAGAAAUGUAAUAGGAAUUGUUUGUAUAAAGGUUUAUUUUUAACAUUAAAUUCUAAGUCUAUUUCAAAGAUUAAGCAACGAUUGUAUCCCAUUCAUUCCAUUAUUUUUAUAG